AUGUCGUAUUACGAAGAGCAAGAGAAUAUCUAUGCACUUCACGACUUGGCCAAGAACUCUGGACAGUUCCGUCGACGACGGCGCCGAGGUGACGCCCUCCUCCAGAAGAAACUGGCCGAUCAGGUGAUCGUGUCCAAGACGCUUCUCGAUCCUGCUAAUACACUGAGCAAUAGAGCUAAAAAGCGUCUGCAAAAAGAAGAAAGCUGUAACGAUCUUCAUUCGGAUGUUCAGUAUUCGCUAAAUAAGCACCAGCGAUGGAAAACUGUCUCGCUGAUAUCGAAGCCCUUAACGUCACAGGCGUGCACGUGGAGGAAAAUGGGACGGUCAACACGAUUUCCACGAAAGGAAAAGGACAAAAACUUUCCCACUUCCAAGCAGCAUUGCGGGAACGGCGAAACCUGGAAAAGGACGAAGUUGAACCGGCAAAAAUUCUCAUCAACAUCGUCGAGCCUCACCCUGUUCUCAAAAUUCUCGCCGGAAAAACUCAGCGAAAUAAUAAAAAGGGGUCUUGGACAACAAAAUCUCGGCAAGCGGACCACAGCUCUGACCUGUCGGAUGAGAGCUGCUGCUACGACGAAGACGAAGAAGAACUCGAGGACCUCCUUGACACUGGGAGACUUUCUAACUAGUUCUUCGCCUCCGAAGAGCACUGAACGCACGAGACAAUCGAGCAGCUGGAGUUUUAUCGAUGCGAAGCCAGAGUGUUCAGCGAAGAACGUUCAGCCAAAACCUGCUGAUCUCGUCGACAUCUCGGCAGUGACCCACGCAAGUUCAAUGUUCGAAGUCAUUGAUAUUCAAACGCGUACACUUCAGAACUUUGAUUUCCGUGAAAUGAUUUCUCUCCUGGAAGACAAGCGUGUUGUUGUUCGAUGGAUCGAUUCGGACCGAGUCAUGGUUGAUGUCACCUAUCAGGUCCGUCUCAGUGGUGACGAACCUAUAAGGAAGCCGUUGCUCAUCCUCUUCAUGGAGCUACGAGAUGAUGCCCGCAUACUCAGGAUCCGAAUCAAUGCGAAUGCUCGAUAUUUGGGAGCCAUGGAUCGCGAAGCUUUCCUUCACAGUGCUAAACGUCAAAAGGACUUUAUGUCUCUUUUCCAGCUCAUUACAGAUACUGUACGAUCGCUAAGAUUGAAAGAACGCGAUAUUCGCAAGGAAAAGACUCGCUGCUCCGAUAAUCCGAGCUACUUUGCCCCAGAAGUCAACAGUCAAUUGCUGGCAGAAAAGAGCGAUCGCUGCCACGAGUACGAUAGGUUGCAGUUUCUCAGGGAAGUUGAGAGAGCAACAGAUCAACGCCUAAGGGAUGAGAGUGAGCACCAUCCUUCUGUUUGCUGCCGCUGUUCACCAUCAAAACAACUGGACCUUUUUGCAACGAAUGCUGGAAUGGCCUGCAGAGAUUGCAUAACUUCCAAUUUGGUGCACCAACUACGCCUCGAUCGUGCUCCAGUGGAUGUUCCGCUCAAGUCUACCGAGAAUGUGACAAGCAUCGAUCUACUCUAUGCAGUCCUGCCAGCGCCGUUGAUUUCAGAACUGAUAAAGGUUUCAAUUCACACUAUCGGCCGCGCUUCGUUAUCCCGGCAUCUCGUGGCUGUUAAAGUGCCCCCGAUGUUUUUGGAUGUGGACUCACCCGCUUUGUCACUGUCAGUGUUUAUUGCACUUGCUUGA